GCGAACCGGAGAGAGGCAGGUCAGGAACUCGAACCGGGCGCUUCGCUGGCUUUUGGCUUUGGCAUCUCGAAGACACGCGCUUCAGGUGAACCUGUGACCGAUCGUGAAUCCUUCAAACAAACCGCAAAAAGUUCUCGCUUUCGCAUUCCUUGUACCGAAAUUUUCUUGCGAAAUCAGUUCCACUUCUCGAGUGUUCGAAUUCCCUUUGAUACGCGAAGCUGAAUUCUCGUGAUCUCCCUAAUCGCGAACCAUCACCUUCGUCUCGUUAGUGCAUUUUAUAUUUCUUUGACUACACAUGCUUACGUAAUCAGACACAACUAUCAAAAACUUGUGACGCGAGUGCGUACAUUCAGUUUUCUCCUCUACCUUUUCUUCUUUAACCGCUUUCCUGGUUUUCCACCCACAAUCGCCGCCUGUCUCCUUCCAGCCGUAUUUCGUCUCUUUCGCACGCGCACCGAAGUGGAAGCAACACACAUCUGCAACAAAUUCCGGCCACUGUAACUCCGGUUUUAGUAGACCAAAGAUUCAACGGAAACGUCUGCAAUUCCAACAUGACGGACCAUCAGCAGCAACGCCAGCAGCAGCAACAUCAUUUACAGCACCAACAUCAGCAGCAACAGCACCAACAACAAAACAGGGGCAAUGGAACGGACUCGAGGACGAACUUGAUUAUAAACUAUCUACCACAGAGUAUGACCGAAAAAGAACUCUACAGUAUGUUCGUGACAAUUGGCCCAGUUGAGUCCUGUCGAGUAAUGAAGGAUUAUAAGACUGGGUACAGUUAUGGUUUCGGCUUUGUAAAUUACGCAAAGGCGGAAGAUGCAGCUACAGCAAUAGCGACGUUGAAUGGACUUCAAGUUCAAAAUAAAAAACUUAAGGUUUCGCUUGCGCGACCUUCGGGAGAAGAGAUUAAAGAAACUAAUCUCUAUGUUACGAAUUUACCAAGAAAUAUAACGGAUAACCAAAUUGAAGACAUCUUCAAUAAAUUCGGAGCGAUCGUGCAAAAAAAUAUUCUGAAGGAUAAACUCACAGGUCUACCAAGAGGUGUAGCUUUCGUGAGAUACGACAAACGAGAAGAAGCACAAGAAGCAAUUAAUCAUCUCAAUGGAACGAUUCCCGAUGGAGGUUCAGAGCCACUUAGUGUAAAAAUUGCUGAGGAACAUGGGAAGCAGAAGGCGGCGUACUACGCGGGAUGGCAAGCAGGUUAUAAUCAAAGUCGUGGCGGUGGAAUGGCAGGUCGCGGUCGUGGAGGUCCACCCGGUGGCGGUAUUGGUGUCGGCAUGGGUGGAGGAAUGCCGGGCGUUGGAGCUGGAGGACCACCAGGUAUGUUGGGAAGAGGCGGAGGUUUCGGACCCCGAGGAGGCCAUCACUUUGGUGGAGGUGUCGGAGGUGGACCCGGAGCCAUGAGGAUGGAAAAAAUGCAUCCGCAUCGUUUCAACCCCAUUGGCAUGAGUGGAGGAAUCAGCGGAGGCGGAGGCACUGGUGGUGGCGGUGGCUAUGGAGCUUCUAAUUUCUGGUGACCACCUGCAGCUACUGGUAAUUCCGAGUGACAUCGGCUUCCUCGUCAGCCAUAAUUUCAUCGACGGAGUCUAACCAUAAAUCAAGAUUCAAGAAGUUUUUCCAACGAAACGUGUCUCCCUAAAAUAGCCCGAAGUUGACUCCGUCAUCUGAACCUCGCCGAAAUCUUUCAAUCACUCAAAGCCAAAUCCGUAAGCGUUGCGACCUUCAGAAUUAGGAUUACAAAUUACUAACAAUAGAUAUAGAAUCGAGGUGCAACUGCUUUUCCAUUUUGUGGAUUUGACCGAACUCAUUUUCGAGUUUCAGGUGUCGAUUUCAAAGAUUUCGGAAGGUUUUUAGAAAUUGAGAAUAAUUUUUAACAUGCCAUGUUAAGUGUUUAAAAGCAUUAGCGGCGGUUUUUAAGUAAAUAGACAAGUUCGGAUGUUGCUGAUGUCACGAUCUGUUACAAAUAGAAAUGGUAAACGACGUUCACUUCGCGCGUUUUAACGUUUUCGCGUUCGUUGGAAGGAGCCUUGCAGGGUUCUGCUCGUUGUUAAAUGUUUCCUUUUAGCUUCAAAUAAAUUGUCUAUCUAUGUUAGUUUAAGGAGAUUUUUAAUGAAUUGAUUCCGGGUCACUGAGAAGAAGCUUUGAUGAGGAUAAAGGCGAAGGUUCUCUUUUAAGAAAUGUAAAUACUUUAACAAAUGUUCGUGUUUUGUAUCGAAGACGUUCAUUUAUCAUAUGUGCGGACUUAAUGAAUCAUGCGUUUGACAACCCAAAUUAUCGGAAUAUAUUCGUAUGGCUCAACUUUUUCUCAGUGGUGCGUCGCACACGUGGAUGCGUCUUUAUAAGGAAAGUAGUUUUCAUCUUAAGAGUUUUUUUUUCCUUUUUUUUUGUAUUGCAUCUUAUCAACUGCGGACAGGUACUAAUGCAUCGCAUUGUACUACUCAUUGUUCUCAUCGCGCAACUACCGAAGAUGAAUCCGUGUGUGCAUAUAUGCGCGUGUAAGUGUACAUAUGUUAAUUAGUUUAACAUAAGUAUGAUUACAGCAGGAAGCACGUUGUUAUCGCAACACUGUGAGACUGACUUUUUAUAGGUGAUAAACUUUAAGAGGGACGAUCGUCAUCAUUGAUCGGGGUUUCUAAAUUUCUGGAAUGUUUUUAAUUUCCAAAAAUUGUCCGCAAAUUGUUUUUAGCUUUUCUUUUAAAUGGUUUUAAGAUUAAACUACAACUCAUAAAUUGUAUAGACUCGAAAUUUUAUAGACUGAUUUUUUCAUUCCUUUGAGAGGAAUGAAUAGUAAAAAUUUUAAAGCCUUCUUAGACAGAUACCCUGAUAAUGAUUUCGCGAGUCGUCGCGUUUUAGAUCGUGACUUUCGAUGAUCUAGUUUCUAAGGUAAUUUGACUGCGUGCCGUAAUUGAUGAUGCAAUUACAUUUGAUAGUAAAAAGUUGAUUGUCAAAAAUCAUAGAACAAACCUCUUAUCUUUGACCGUAGAGCACAAGCUAGGUUUUCGCUGAUUUUUAUCGAAAUACGGCCAUUCGUACAAGCUUCUUAAUUCCGGUGGGAAUCUUCUGUAUCGCCUGUACCAAAACCUUCAAUAAACUUAUGUUCUCACCAAAA